GAAUGCUUUGCGCAUGCGCGCAUAUUUGUGAGACAUUAACUUUGCUAAGUAGGUUGAAAACUCUUCUCAUUACCAUUUCCAAUACUGACUCCGUUGAAGGCUCGCUUCUUUGGAAGUGACUUCCCAUCUGUUUUUUCCUAACGCCAGAAACUUCUGGUACCUGCACCAACUCUCCAAGCCAGGAGGACACUGCACAUGCAUUGGCUUUUUUGAGCUAGAACAACAGUGGAAAAAACCAGCAAUUACUGACCUUUGCAUCUCCAGAAGAUUUCCACUAUUGCUCCGAAUCGCAAUUCCAUAAUAGUUUUGUAGUUUAUCUAUGAACUUAUCUAUAAAGAAGUAUUUUGAUGAGGAGUUUCAAUUCUGGUGCAAACACUGGGCCAGAGACCUAACAGCCCACAUCUAAUUUUGAUUUUGUUUGGAUCAACUACUGGAUCUACUGUUCCAGCUCUUAGAAUGAGUUUCUUCGAUGAUGUCAUUUCUGUGGAUAGAAAAGUGGAUUUUAAUCUACAAGAAUUUUGGAAAACAAGGGAACCGAAAACUCCCCCACAUGGAUUAAAUGUUAGAAUGGGGGAGUUUAAUGUUAAUGCAUUGCGCAAUGCAAUUCUUUUGAACGUUUGCUGUCAAGACGUGUGGAUAAAUCCCGUGACUGCAAACAAUCUAAUACAUUUUUUGUGCGGAGAUUUCAUAAAGCUGGAUCAGAAAAUUCAUUUGCAAGUCUUAUUGCACUACUCCAAGAGGGAUAUUGAUGUCCUUUAUGAUAAAUGUAAAGAAAAGAAAUUGACUAAAGAGGCGUUCUAUUCUGACAAAAUUUUGUCAUUUGUGAAUCGUGCAAAAUAUGAACCUGAAGCUCAAAAUGUAGUGGUUAUGAUGCAUCCUGACACUAAAAACCGUUUACUAGAUUACUUGCUUACCCCACCCAUAUUGUCUGCACUAAGAUCAGGCGUAAAUAUGCUGUUAGAAGCAAAUAUAAGUGCUGAAGAAUUGCAGAACCAGCUGCAUGAAAUGAAAAUAUAUACCGUAAUGCGGUAUAGACCAUUAACUAACUUACGAGGAGCAUGCCUCACAGAUGGCAUUUUUCUUUCUACAUUGUGUCUAGCAGGUCCUGAAUUUUCGUUUAGUUACGAAGCGGAUUUAGUCACUCUUGCAGCUCACGAAACCAUUCAUUACUUGGUACGACUGCAUACUCAGGACUUCAAUUAUUCAAGUCCUUUUAAAUUUAGGGAUCACCCUCCUAAAGUGCACAGAGUAGAUCCUGUUUAUCCUGAGCAUUCGUUAGAAACGGGUCGCUUGAUUGAGUUAAUGUUAUUUAAUGGAAUACAGCCGGAUUGGGCUAAUUCUUCAUCAAAGGCUGCAAGAGUGUUUUUAACUCGUUUACGCACCCGGAAAGAUUUUCCUGUUAUUAAGAAGCAAGAACACGUAAACUUGGAUAUAGUUGAUAGACUUUCCCCAUCAGCUCCGUUUGGUAUCGAUCUAGAGGACAGGCAUUUGUUUUUCUGUUAGUGUUAAAAAUCAUUUUGUAAAGUCUUUGAAAGACUUAUAAUUUAGUAUUGAAUAAGUACAUAAAAAGUUAAAUUUCAAAA